GGGGAGUGAGUGGGCGAGCCGUGCUGGAGUUCCACAUGGACGUUUGAGAUGACGGCCACUUCCUGCCAGCAGAGGAAGCGACGCGUGAACGCGAGACUCGGCUCAGAACGGACAGCGGCGCGACGAAGACGAGCGGACGACGAACAGACGAAGAAAUCUCACGUCUAGCUCGGCCUGGUCCUCAACCGACUCCUGAUAGGAUGGCAUCUACGCUGGCACUUCUCCUCUCGGCGGUCCUGGCGGUCCUGAUCGACGGCGGCGUCGGCGGUCACGUCGUCCCGCGCGUCACUUUUCCUCUUGAUAGUCCCGGUCGGUCCUUCACCCUCUUCACCCUCCCUGACGUGGAGAACACCACCACCCUCCUGCUGAGCCGCGACGAGGGGACGCUUUUCGUCGGGGCGCGAGACGCCGUUCUGGCUCUGGGGGUGAGCGCCGGGGGAGGCCUGCAGCUCGGAAAGAAGCUCGACUGGUCGCCCACUGAGGGAGACAUCGAUGGCUGCGUUAUGAAGGGCAAGGACAGGACGGACUGUCAGAACUACGUGCGAGUGCUGCAGGCGCUGAACUCCACCCACAUGUUCACGUGUGGAACGUUCGGCUUCAGCCCCAAGUGUUCCUACAUGAAUUCUGAGGAGUUCUCGCUGGUGACGGGUCCUGGUGGUAAACCCGAGGAGGGUCGAGGACGCUGCCCCUACGAUCCCUUUCAGAAGAACACCGCCAUCACCGUGGGUGGAGAGCUGUACACGGCCACCGUGGCCGACUACAGGAGCACUCGACCCGUCAUCUCUCGACACCUGAGCGAGGGGAACCGUGUGGAUCUGAAGCUGGAUGAUAACGUGGGCCUGCUGGAAGAACCCACAUUUAUCAGCUCCACGUUUAUUCCCAGUGAGGAGAAGGUUUACUUCUUCUUCAGCGAGUUCGGUCGAGAGUACGACUUCAUCGACAGGUUCACCGUGUCUCGCGUGGCUCAGGUUUGCACGAGUGACGUGGGUGGAGAGAGGACUCUACAGAAACGAUGGACCACCUUCACCAAAGCCCAGCUUCUGUGCCAGGCCGGAGGAGAGCUGCCCUACAACGUCCUGCAGGACGUCACCACCCUGCCACCGGCGGCGGGUGCCAGUCCGGACGAAACCCUCUUCUACGGCAUCUUCAGCUCACAGUGGUCGGUGAACUCGGGCAGCUCGGCCGUGUGUGUGUUCAGUCUCGGAGACGUGAAGGCCGUGUUCUCCGGGAACUACAAGGUGCUGAACAAGAGCACUCUGAAAUGGAGCUCGUCGGUCCGGGAGAAGAUCACCAACCCUGGAGAGUGCGGCCUCCAUAACGCCUCCGACAACGCGCUGCGCUUCGUCAAGGAGAACUUCCUGGCCGACAAGAGCGUCCUGCCGGCCGGUCAGGCGCCCGCGCUGGUGUCCCCUAACGAGCGCUAUAGCAACAUCGUGGCUCAAAGGGUGCAGGGAGCUGGAGGGCGAGAGUACACCGUCCUGUACCUGCUCACAGAGAGCGGCUUCCUGCACAAGGCGGUGGUGUUGAGGAGCGGUGCUCACAUCGUGGAGGAGAUCCAGGUGUUCAAGCAGCCACAGCUGGUCCAGAACCUGGUGCUCAGCGUUUCUAAGGGGGCGGUGUUGGUGGGCUCGUCGGAGGGCGUGGUCUCCGUCCCCGUCGCCAACUGCUCGUAUUACUGGAGCUGCGCCGAGUGCGUGUUAGCCAGAGACCCGUUCUGCGGCUGGGACCCCACGCGACUGGUGUGCGCCCAGAUCUCCUCCAUCGAACGGAACGCCGUUCAGGACGUAGCCGAAGGAAAGGUUCCGAAAGAGUGUAACAGCCCCCCUGUUAAUCCCCGAGCUCGAUCCAGCAUCAAAAACCCCACAGGUAUCGUUCUGCCAGUGACCCUGAACGAGGUGGUGAACCUUCGAUGCCCGUCCUCGUCCCGCCUGGCGCGGCUGCACUGGGAGCGACCCGGCGGCCGGCUCUCGCCCAGCGUGUACAUCCAGCAGCCGGACAGCAGCCUGGGGUUCCUGGCCACGCCCGAUACGCUCGGGACCUACGCGUGCCUGGCGGAAGAGAACGGCUCCACCCAGACGCUGGCGGUGUACGAGGUGACUCGGAAGGUCGACGUGGUCCAGGAACCGUCCACCAUCAGCACCACCACCACUAUACGCAUUCCUCAUACGACACCGCCAGCCACCACUCAGACGGGCGCCAGCACAGCCACGCCCGAACCACGGGAACCCAGACUCGUGGGGAUCAGCACCGUGGAAGGAACCACGUAUGAGAUGAUGAAGGACCUGAGUCUGUCGCUGGUGGACCGCGAGGCCGAGAAGCAGCUCCCGGAGACCCGUCCGAGCUACCUGAGGGAGCUGGUGGCCGUGUCCGUGCUGUUAGCGCUGUGUUUCAGCGUGCUGCUGCUGAUGACGCUGUACAACCUGAGGAAGAGCUGCCGCGGCUGGACGGCGUCGCGCUCCGUGACCCCGGGGGGCGCCACGCCCCAGGAGAGGCAGGUGCUCCGACAGGACUCGGUCAAGCUGGAGAAAGAGAACGGGCCGAGCAACGGGGCCGAAUCCCCCAGCGCGGCCAGCGGAGGGGCGCCAAACGGGUCCAACGGGCACCUACCCAACAUCUCCACCUGAACACCCCGGGUAUCGGGAAUCAGAAAUCGUAAUCAGAGUGGAUUUUAAAAAUCGUCGUACCUGCAUCUGAGCCAGAACGAAGCCGGGUAUCAAACGCGCGACGCUACGUUCAGACCUCAUGCUAAUCCGCUUUUAAUUUGCUGGGGAAGGGGGGGGUUAACGUUAAGCUAAGCAAAGCUGACGAGGAUGCGCUCGUUUAUUGCACUAUAUAUCCAAAAGUAUGUGGACACCGGAUUAUAAUCGACAUCGUGCCUUUUGCGGCUGUAACAGUCUCCACUCAUGAUUUGACGGUGCGUCUGCUUUCAUUUGUUCACCUUCGAUCAUUUUGAGGUCGGACGUCGAAUAUAAAAGCCUGGCUCACAGUCGACAUCCCAUUUCAUCCCGAAGAUCGGUGUUUAGUUUAGUAGGCCGGGUCUUUGUGCGGACCAAUGGAGUUCAACUACAGCAAACCUUUGUGCACAGGGCCUUCCCUAAUGUGUCCACAUACUUUUGCAUAUAUAGUGUACUUGCAUACCUUUUUCCCCCUUCCCUAUGAAAUCUCGCUGCUAGUACCACCACCCCCCCCCCCCCCGAUCAUAAUCUGUUUGAGAAAUAGGCUUACUGUUUGAUUCUGUUCUACUGAUUCUGUUUUAAAGCUUGUAUGUUGACCCUUAAUACCUCUGAUCUGAUCCUGAUUUACUUUUCGCUUCAAUCCUUUAGGGUUUAGAUCCACGCCCUGUGUGCUACGUAGUGUGUAACCGUACCAUCCGUAGCGCACUGGUUAGACUCUAUAUGUAACACAACAGGAUGCGAUUUGAAACGCGCCCCAUUCCAAUCGCUGCUGAUAGAAUUCGGAGUGACCGCAUCACAUCCAGACUUUUUUUUAUCAUGAUGGACAUGAUGGACUUUCAUUUGCACUUUUCCUGUGAAUUAUUUUCUCCGCCCGUCACUCGUGGCACAUAAAAUGAGGCGAAUGUUGCGCUCCUUCUGUCUGUCCGCUUUCAGGACUCGUGAACUGACCGGCUGCCGACCGUCGGUUCUGACCGCACGCGUCGCGGUCGGGAUUCAGGACUCAGAAAUACUUUUAUUCUUUUAUUUUUAUCAGUAUUGUUCUUAAUUUCAUUCAUGUGUAAAUGUGGGUCAUUUUUCAUUGUUGACGCCACGUGACCGGAUAAUAUCGGUAAUAAUGUAUCACCAUAUGGCCAAAAGUAUUCGGACACUAUCCUAUUUCAUAAACAAGCUGUAUUAGGUCAGCUAGAACAACAUCCGCUCUUCUGAGAAGCUUCUCACGAGACUUUGAGGUGUGUCUGUGGGAAUUUGAUGACCAUGUUUGUAUGGCUGGGUGCUGAUUUUGGUCAAGAAAGCCUCAGUUGAUGUUCCGGUUCAUUCCAAAGCUGUGCAGUCAUGCAUGAACAGGAAAGGACCUUCCCUAAACUGUUGCUGCAAGUUGGAAGCACAUCAUUUUCUUCAUAUGAUUAAUUUAUUACAACUGUUAGCAACUGAUGUGGCUGAAACAUACAUAUAAAAAAAAUUAGAAGGGGUGUCCCAAUACUUUUGGCUAUAUAGCAUGCAUUAAUGUAUUUACAUUUUUAUUUACAUUUUAAGCAUUUAGCAGACGCCUUUACAGUAUACAAUCUGAGCAAUUGAGUGUUAAGGGCCUUGCUCAAGGGCCCAACAGCAGCAACCUGGCAGUGGUGAGGCUUGAACCAGCGACCUUCUGAUUACUAGUCCAGUACCCUAACCACUAGGCUACGGCUUGCCCUGUAUAAAUGUAUAAAUCGUUGGUACUUUUGUAUGGGGAACUUAAUUACUGCCCUGCGUUCACAUGUAACCGAGUAGGUGUACCCUCAGUGAUCAGUGCUCUCCUGAUCACUGGCCUCACAUGUCUAGGAGGAAGCACGUGUUGGCCCUUCACCACCCUGGAUUGACAGUAGUAGUGCAGUUAGGAGCUGAGCUUCAUACCAGCAGGACCUUGUCGUUUGGGCAUGAACACUGUGAGCAGCAAUGCACUGGGAUGAGCACGACACGUGCUUACUCUACUCUACAUGCCACCAAUGUGUGAGACCCACAGAUUCACUGUCGGUUCGUUUUUGACGAGCGUUUUACUGAAGCUUUUACAGUGUGAUGCUCCUCCGUCACACCGCCCCCUUGUGGUCUCUUUAUGUUCCUGACUCCCCACCAGGUACGAGUGGAGAUGCUGGUUAAUGCUGUACGAUUGUACGCCUGCACCUUCCUGGUAACGUUUAGAUUGUGAGUGCAGAAGGUGUGUUGUGUGGUACAUGUGGUACAUAUGUACAUUGCUGGAACACCGGUGUCCUGGCUCCCUCUUGUUAGUCAUGGUAUAGAUUCUCCCUCAUCCUUAGUGCUCACUAACGCAAACAUGGCACACUCCUGUGCUAAAUGUAGAGGCAUUGCACGACCUGCUGCUCAAGCUACUACUAGAAAGAAUCAGGUUUACUCUCAUACAGGAUCGGUUGUGUCCAGUUUGGUCAUUUCCGAUUCCCUGUUCCCUUGUUUUUACUGGACAGUGGUAGGUUCCAACACCUACAGGAACGUGCUAUAGUGUGAGCGUUCCUCCACCGCGCGUGUCGGCACCUUGACUUGACAGUAGGUGUCGCUGUUGCACUUGAGUGACUUUUUACCUUCAGUUUCCUCCAACCUAAGACUAAAUAUCCGUGACCACUUGUGUACUUGUGGUGUAUCGUUGAAUCGAUUAUCGGGGCGUGUCCAAAGGUAAAAGGAGGCGAAUUUCAGACCUCGUGGUUGGUAUGUAGUAUCAUAAAGUGGAAGCCAUUUGGCAUUGGAGUCUGCCAUGUUUGCACUUGUGCGCAGUAGAGAUUUCGAGGGAUGUAAACAACGCCGCCCGCAUUCUUCAGGUUGUUUUCUCAUCUUACGGUACACUUCUUUGCAUGGGACUGUUGAACGCUGACCGGUGCACCUCUGAUUCCGGAUGGUACUGACCACUGAUCCUCACUUUCAGAACUGUGAUGUUGCCAAACUGUACAAAACUGGAAGCAUUUCGCUUCAGUCUGAGCACAGACACAAAGACGUGUGUUUAUCCGAAACUCUCCUCAGUGUUCUUUAUUUUCUCUUUUAACAGAUUGAUUUAUUUUUCUACAAACGUCUGUAACAAAUUCAGAAUAAAAAAUAGUUCCAAUAAACGCAUAACAA